ACAGCGCCGACAGCUCUCCGUGUGUGUCUGAACACUACAUCGUGUCUAACACCUUCGCUGCUGGCUCUCCGCUGCUGUCAUUCCUCCACUCUGCUCCCAGCCUCCAUCCGGCGGUAAUGGUGUGUGUUGUCACAUGUCCUCCGGUGUUGACACUCCGUGGACGCACAGUGACCCGGUGAGCGCGCGGUGACACUUUUUGCAGCGUGCGGGCUAUAAAGAGAGGGAGUGGCGCUCCGGUCCACACUGAGGAGAGAGGCUCCACACGCAGACAGACAGCAGCACGGCAGCGCCCGGGAUAACAUGAUUAGCGCUCUAUUAGGUCCGCUACCGAGCACCGCUGGAUGCAGCACAGGGAUCAUUGCGUGUGGAGAGAGAGGAGACACAGAGGGAGCACUUCAUCCGCCUCAUGGAUCCUCUUUGUUGCCUAUUGAUCUGCUUAAAGAAGUUACCCACUGACCGGUUCCUUUUUAACGCCCGUGCGUCUCUGGCACCGGAGAGCUUGUGUCAGCGCGCUGCCUCUCAGACGAACUGACGUUUAAAAAAGGAUGAGAGAGAUAAGUCUUCAGAGGAGUGGUGCUUCUUUUCUCCGUCCUGCUGUGAGCUGCUAGCUCUGUCGCUCCUGGUGAUGAUUUUUGUUAACCUCAGGUGAGCUCUCGCAGGCAGUGGGCCGAUCUGCUCCGAUGGGGUUCGAAAAUGAAACCAACCAGACCCUUCCAGGUGAGGCCCCGUACAGCCUCAAGAUCUCGCUGCCGCUCACCGUGCUGGUGGCCAUCAUGAUCCUGCUCACGGUGUUCGGCAACGUGCUGGUGGUCAUCGCCGUGUUCACGAGCCGGGCCCUGAGGGCUCCGCAGAACUUGUUCCUGGUGUCUCUGGCGUCGGCGGACAUUCUGGUGGCCACCCUCGUGAUGCCGUUCUCCUUGGCCAACGAGCUCAUGGGAUCCUGGUACUUUGGCGAGGUGUGGUGCGAGAUAUAUCUGGCGCUCGACGUGCUUUUCUGCACCGCCUCCAUUGCUCACCUCUGUGCCAUCAGCUUGGACCGCUACUGGUCCAUCACUCAGGCCAUAGAGUACAACUUGAAGAGGACGCCGCGACGCAUCAAGUGCAUCAUCUUCAUUGUCUGGGUCAUCGCGGCGGUUAUCUCCUUCCCACCUCUGAUCACCAUGGAGAAAGAAAACAGCAAGGAGGCACGUGUGUGUAAGAUCAAUAAUGAAAAGUGGUACGUCAUCUCCUCCUGCAUCGGCUCCUUCUUCCUCCCCUGCGUCAUCAUGGUUCUAGUCUACGUGCGGAUCUACCAGAUCGCCAAAAAGAGGACGCGGGCGCCACCGGGAGACAGGAAGCGGAAGGAGAUGCAGAAGCUGGCCACCAACGUUGUUGCUAACACCAAGCAGAAUGGCGCGGCCGCGGGCAACGCCGAGGACCGCCUCUGCCACGAGAAGCUGAACGGUGAGCGGGACAUCGAGCUGAAGGAGGGCGUGGGAGGAGAAGGUGGAGUAGAUGAGGAGAAGGGUGAGGAGAACGGGGUGGACCUGGAAGAGUCGUCCUCCUCUGACCACAAGGUUACCAACCCCUGCUCGAUCAAAAAGAAGGCGUCCAAGGGGAAAACCAAACUGAGCCAAAUCAAACCGGGGGACAAUGACGUCCAAAAGCGGGUGCCGAGCACCAAGGGCAGCCGCUGGAAGGGCCGCCAGAACCGAGAGAAGCGCUUCACCUUCGUCCUGGCUGUGGUCAUUGGGGUGUUUGUCAUCUGCUGGUUUCCAUUUUUCUUCACGUACAUGCUGAUGACGCUGUGCGAGUCCUGCUCGGUGCCCGACACCCUCUUCAAGUUCUUCUUCUGGUUCGGCUAUUGCAACAGCGCACUGAACCCCAUCAUUUACACCAUCUUCAACAACGACUUCAGGAGGUCGUUCAAAAAGAUACUGUGCAGGAGGGACACUAGAAGAUAUGUAUGAUGGACUCCGUCUCUGUGUAGAUACUUUUUUUUUUUUACUUUAUUGUACAUAGAUUAUACAAGUGCAUCAUUGAUCAUAGUGCAUGGGUCACUGGCUUGUGAGCGCUCUCGGUGUUACUGCCUGGAUGAGCUUUGCGUGCAGAUUCAUCCGCCACUCGAUCACACAGAGGGAGGUCUAAGCAGAACGCCGCGGUGAAGCCAUGGUUAUAUCGUAAAUGUUUUUUUUAUUUUUUAUAAAAGAAACAGUGAAGUCGUGACAUGUGCUGUACCUUCCGACAAUAUGUUGUACAGAGUGACCUGUGUGUAUAUCUGUCUUGACUUUUGUUGUCAUUGAUACAAUGUUGUGCCAUUUCGUACAGUGUAAUUACGACAUUGGUCAGGUUGAUGAUGAUGAUGAUGGUGGUGACGACAAAGUAUGGGAGAGAUGCUGGCUCCUUAAAGAAUAAAACCCAUUUCCUGAACGGGUCUCAAGGCAAGUUGAAGCAUUGUGCUGGUCACCUGAUCUCAAUUUGUGUGUUGACACACACGCACAUGGUCACACACUCACAUAAGAAAAGGGUUAAAGGCAGCAGUCUGAAUUUGCUCUCACUUGCUGUUAAAGAGAGAGUUCCCACAUUG